AUGAUCUGUAUCUCCGUUAGCCAUGCGCUGGUAGACGCGGCGAGCAUUGGCCAGUUCAUGCUGGCGUGGAGUGCCGCGUUCUCUUCAGCGAAGGGAGGUGCCGGCGCGGACGGGAUCGCCGACGCCACGGCCUCUUCGGGUGCCGCCGCGAGCACGGCAGCGCCAACGUACGAGCAGAGUUUUCUCCCGCCCUCCGUGGGUUUCGGGGAGCCACCGCUUCCCUUUGAGGGCGUAGUGCCUGAGGUUUGGAACCGUGUCCACCGACCUUUUGUCAUGCCGGCGAUCAAGCCUUACGAGUGUUGGUUCAGCGUGUGGGUGCGUUCCACGGAUGAGGUCGAGGCCAUGAAGGAAAAGUUCAAGGCCACGUUGGCGGCAUCGUCCCAUUUUUCUACCAACGACGUGGUCGUGGACGAAGUGGCCGAGCUGCUGCAGGAAACGAACGCAACGCUACUGAUGGAUUGUCGUCCUGCGCUGAAGCAGCCCGGAUUCUUCGGGUGUGCGUUGGUCGCAUUGGACUUCGAGAUUGACUCCACAGGGCCGGGGAAGAUGGCUUCGGAGAUUCGCAGCGUGCUCCAGGACCCCUCGAUCCGCACGGAGGGCUUCGUCAAGUGGAAGUUGGGACGCGGCGUGGGCAAGAGUGGCGGCAUCCUCGCGAACUCGUGGACGCGCGCGUUUGAUUUGGAUGGGAUGUCGUUCGGUAUUGCACCUGCUGAUGGGCCUGUCGCCGCGUCGCCUGGGCCUCGGUCGCCACAGCAGUCCCGCUGCGAGGGGGUGAUGCUUGGCGAGCCCUUCUGCAAGUCGCGCGCGAGUGCCUUUGCGGCGAUGGGUCUGAAGUACAUGAUCGCCUUGCCACAUUCCACGCCAGGGGCUCGCCCGCAUCCACCGAUCCCGAGACGUGCUCCCGAGGCCCUCGCGGAGCUUCGGACGCGGACGAAGAUCGGAGCGAGGGGGGCAGAAGCGGUUUUCUUUUGCACCAUCCCUGGGUGCGUGAAUACUCCAGAUUUCGGGGAUAACGGGGUUACGCGUGGAGGCCAAGGUGGGCCAGAUCUAGCCUAG